UAAUCAGUAAACUUUGUUUCGUCGAUAUAUUAAUGACAAAUGUGUCGUCCUCAGUAGCUCAAAGGCUAGUUAAUAUGUUGGUCUUUACAUCAAAAUAGGUUUUUCAUCAGUGUUCAUUUUCUUUGGGUUAAUAUGGAUAGCGUCCUUAGAUAUACGUAUACGGUUUUUAUUCUAAAUAUUUUGAGUUCUAAAUAUCAUACAUCCACCAGCGACCAACAUCGAACAUCUGUAUAUACUUCACUGUAUCAUUAUCAGUAUUGAGGCAUAUAUUGGCUUUAGUCAUUCUAAAAUGCCAUCCAGGCUUCUGUUUUUAAUGAUGUUCAGGCUAAACAUCAUUAAAAAAAGAAAAAGCCUUGACGGCAUUUUAGAAUGACUGAUGUUGGCAAAUAAGGAGUUUCGGUUAAUUUUCACUUAAACAGGGGACAAAAGUGUGCUUGUAUACAUCGUCAUUGGUCGUUGCCUCAGGUAGUGCAGAAUAAGACCUGAAAUCUGUUUUCUUGAUCAACACAGUCAUGUGCUUUAGGUGCUUGUAUAAGGUGUUUAAUGCUGAUAGUCAGAAAUACAUACAUGCCAAUGAUGGUCUCAGAGAGUGAACACACAAUUCAGAACUGGUUUUAAUGUGCAAGUCAAGUCAAGGAAUAUUUAUUUAUAAAGUCGGGUUUACAACAUAUAGAACACAAGCUCUGGACAGCUUUUAAAGCCGACUUGGGCAACAGUUCUACUUUUGUCAAACAGCAGUAGCAAGAUGAGUUCGCUGUCCAGUGAGCUAGAUGAGGAUUCUACGUAUUCGCCCACCCUGUUCACCCCACCCCCACUGGCUCCAGUCCCCCCUCCUCCACCUUUCUCCCGCACACAUUAUCACACAACCACAAAUGGCAUACAAACAGAUGUCAACAACUCAGCCAUCAGCUGUGAACCUGAAGCAGAAGGGCAGAGGGCCUAUACAUAUGCUUGCAGUGCUAUACCAGACAAUUUAGAAAACUAUGUUUGUGUUUCGUAUCAAAGGAAAGUGGAACCUAUUAUUCAAAGUGGACCACAAUGUGGUCUGGUUGCCCUGGCAAUGGGGGAAUCCAUUCUGCAGCGGGAGGUGAGCCUUGACCAACUGACCACCAUCAGUCAGGCCCAGGGCUUCUCCAAGCAGGGGGAGAUGUUCUCAGAAGAUCAUGAUUAUUUUUCAGCAAACAAUAUGGAACAGUUGGCGCGACUUGCAUUCGGAUGUAAAACCUCGGUAUUGGACAUUCGCGAUGUUAGUGGGAAAUGGGAGUUUCUCAACUGUCUUGCCAGGGGCGACAUUUUGUUGGUGCCAUAUGACCCAGACAAGAACUAUGUUCCUGUAUUAAAGAAGGGUCAUAAGGCACAUUGGGCAAUUGUUACAGGCUUUUUUGCUGCAAUCAGUGAUGACCAGAUCUUAACCAGACUGCAGACCAGCAGUGUUAAGAAGGACUCUGAAUUCUCCAAUCUAUACCACUGCUCCAUACCGCCUCUUCCCUCCAACACAGGGCGUGUCUUGCCCGUAGAGCCCAACAUAACCCCGCGGGCAUUAUCGGCCAUUGUUCCGGCCCGUCCACAAGGUGCUGUUGUGUCUAAUAGAGCCAUAUCGGCCCGGACUUUGCCUGCUGAGCCACCCAAACUUCACGGGAAGGAAAACACUAAGUUGUGUCACAGUGUGGGGAAUCUUUCGUCUCAGAAAACAGCUGGCGCAGUGACUACCUCAAACUCAGCAGCAUGUAGAAAUCCCCUAGAAGCCGCCUCGUACAUUCUAGUGUAUGCUAAACAAGGAAAAAGCAAAUACACAGGAAUCUGGAAUGCCAAGACUUUAGUUGAAAGCUGUUGUAACUUGAUCGAGAUAGACCCACAGAGGCUCAGGGAUGAAGAGAACUAUGCUUUUCCGGAUAAAGGUAUUGAAGAGGAACUGUGUGGGAAGGUUGUGGUUUUACACGUUAAGAAAUGAACAAUGCUUCAGAGUAUUGGAUCACGAAACCCAUGUAAAGAAAUGAACAAUGAAUCAGUGUAGCCAGUCAUGUUACCCAUGUAAAGAAAUGAACAAUGAUUCAGUGAAGUGAAUCGCGUUACCCAUGUAAAGAAAUGAAGAAUGAUUUAGGAUAGUGACUCACAUUAUCCAUGUUAGUAGUCUGUAUACUAGUGCUGUCUGUUAGACUGGAAUUUACAAAGGUUGGUUAGCUUUUCAUAAACAUAAACAGAAAAACAGUGUGAAAUUUUUGCUACUUAAGCGACUGUUUGCAUAUAAUCAGAUAUGAUGAGUUUGUUAAGAUCUAAGGAAUCGAUAUUUUGAUUUUCUUUUCUUUUGUUUUACUUGAACAUUGUAAAUGGUUUCAAGUAAUGGUUUCUUGUCAUGUCCAUAUAAUCUAUUCAAAAAUAACAUAUACAUGUACGUAUAUAUAAUAUAUUUUAUUUUUGUAACACAUACUUUCAAUUGCUUUGUACGAAGUUAAUUGAAAGUAUAUUAUUAAGAAUGGUGUCUUUUAUCUUGUGUGAUGUAUCUGGUAUAGAGCUUUAAAAGGAUUUUUUUUCUCUGGUUUUCAUGUCAAGAGCUUUAUUUCUCAAUCUAUACUGCUGUUAAGAUUAUGGUGCUGAAUCUUGCAUAUUUGAUUAUGCAAUGUUACUUUCUGAACACAAAUUAAAUUUGACCGUUCAUAUUAUUGAGUGAUUAUGAUAAUUUGUAACACUUGUGUUCAAUGUUUUUUCAUCAUUUUCUCACUUGGCAUGGGUUGUAAAAAUGAGUUCAGUGGAGGUAAUUUUUCAGCUUUUGCAGGAAAAAGUUUAGGUAUUAUACUGUAAUAGCUUUGGUUAAAUUCAGCAAGAUGCAAAACGUUUAACCUUGGCAAUAUUUCAAAAAAGGGAAAAGAUAUUCUUAUGAAACUUGGUACACAUAUUGACAGACUAGAUAUUUGUACCAUGACCCAAAACUCUGGCAUUACCAUUUGUUGAGUUAUGCCCUCUUUUGGCUGAAAAAUGCAGAUGAAUAUAGGCAUCUUAUUUGCAAAGCUCUUGUUUGUGAAAUAUUGUCCCCUGUUUGCAGACUAUUGAAGCUAUUUUGACAUUAUUGUAAAUGGUUGCUAAGCAGUAUUUAAACCAAUCAUAAUAACUUUUUUCAAUCCGAUUACAAGACUUCUUCCACAGGACUCAUUUCCACUAACAUCACUUUUUUUAAUUCUGGAAAAGUUUUUUUUUCAUAUUCUUCUUCUCAUUUGGAGUGUGGGUACAAGUCAUUUUGUUUAUUAUCAUUUAUGAAGUACACAUAUGUAACCUGCUAUUCACUGAUUGGGAAUGGGUGUUGACACUAACAGUAACAGUUGUAGUUGUUCUUGCACUUAUUAAUUCACAUAAGGAAUUGUUAUUUAGUAUAGAUGUGCAAUAUUAUCCAUACAGUGGAAACUCGCUAUGUCAAACCCUGUAAUCGGGAUAUUCUGGUUAUGUCAAACUUUCUUCAAAUUUUUCGGUUUAGUUAUAUUCUUUUUAUUGCAGUUAUAUCGAAUGUUCCUUAUCUAAAAGUCUUGCUCAAGGUCCCAAUUACUUCGACAUAGUGAGCUUUGACUGUACAAAUGAAUGCAUUUUCGAGCAAUUGUACUCUGAUUCAUCAUAACAGGACAUGUUGUCAUGGUAACAAUCCAGGGACGAUAUUCAUAAAAGUCAAUUUUUAAGUUAAGUAUCAAUAUAGUAACUUAGUGAUUUCUGAAAUACUUUAUUAUCAUUGACUUCAUUGAAAGUACAUAGUUAAAUGUUAAAGACAAGUAAUUUUCUUUGAAUUUGACUAUAAAUAUAUAAACAUUGACUAUAAACAUGUUGGGGCAAUGACUUGCUGUAAGAUGGGAAAUUACUUUUAUUAAGAAGUUUUAUGAAUAUCACCCCAGAAAUGAUUAAAAUGUUAUGUAUUCACAAACAUAUAUAUUUUGUUUUCUCACACAAGUUAUUUUUUCAGUUGAAUGUUGAUAUACAAAUGACCUUUCAAUUGUGCUGACUUCCAUAUUAUACUCUGAAGUCAUGUGAUUCAUACCAUCUUGUUAGUUAACCAAACAUAUAUGCUAAAUUAUCCUGUAAAAUCGCAUUUCAUGUAUUCAAAUGGCUGUAAUGGACGUUUCUUUGUUCUUGUAUACGUACACUUGUUAAAGAUUAUUUUUGUUUUUUAUUUCAAUCAGAAUUGUUGGGUUUAUUUUCUGUUGUCUACUUAUACGUGUAUUACUGUAUAUCUGUGUUCCUAAUUAUAUGUUCAAACUUUAAUGUAAAUUGUGCUUAUUUCAUUGACAAUUAGUAUGCCAAUGCACCACCUGGUUAUAAAUAUUCAUAAUUGUUCAACCAAUGAAGAGAUUUACUAGUAACAUGUCAACUCUGGAAAAAACAAUUGCAGAUGUGGAUUUGAAUUAUUUAAACAAGAAAAAAAAAUCUUUGUUCCAAAAUCUAUUGUAAUCUGAUUUGGGACAUCAAUUUCCAGAUACUCAAUUGGUUUAAUGGUUGAUUUUAUGUCAUUCUUCUUAGAAAGGAGUUUUUAUGUUGAAUAUUAAGAUUUAUUUAUAUUUUCAUGGUUGUUGGCUUACAUUUUUUAUUCACAUCAUAUGAUGUUAAACAUACAUUUACCUACUAAAUCUGGCUAUAAUUUUGUGUACUAAUUUAAGAAGACUUAGAAUUGUUGCUUUCAGUUACAUGAUUUUGAGUUUAUAGACUCUUCAAUUUGUUUUAAGUACCAUGCACAUGUUUUGGUAAUGAAAUAUAUUAAAGGAUCUAGUUAACAACUUAGUUAUCUGUAAUAUGUUUUUAUUAGCUUUUUCAUGUCCGUCCAUAAGUAUAUUUGAGAAAACCGUCACAUUUUAUUUCUGACAGAUGAUUCAACUGAACUCAAUUUUAUUAUAAAUUAAAGCUUUCAUCCUGAAAGUUUACAGUAACAAUAUCAUUGCCAACUUGCUUUCUGAACUGAUUUAUGUUUUAUUUAUUUCAAUCAUGUUAUUAUUUGCGAAAACAAGAACACACUCUUUGUAUUAUGCUAUUUGAAAUGAACCAAGCAACUUUGAUAUUAUGUAUGCUUGACAGUAAGACAGAUUAAAUGACUGCUAUGAGAUUUACUAAGGGGAUAAUCAAAUUGAGAUUGAUCUUAAUUGCUCAUGAAAUUGAUGUUUGUUGUAAGCUUUUUCUUUUUGACAAGAUCUUUAUAUCAACUAUGCUUUUAAUACUGUCAUCGAAAUUAGACUUUGGAUGAACAAGCCCAAAAUCUUAAUCUAGUGCUUGGAACAAAAAAAAUCAACAAGCCCUGCUAUACGAAAUCCAGGAUUUCAGCAAGCCCGUAAAGCAUUUUACCAGUGUAUGGCUUGUGCUAAUUUCCAUAACUGUUAAUAUCAAUAUAAAUUUUGAUUUACUUCUAUACAUUACGGUACAUAUUUCUAAAUCUGUUUGUUAACCAUUAUUUAUUUAUUUAUUUCUCUGAUUUCCGGAAUGUUGUUCAGUGUAUUAACAGAUUGUUUUUCAUAGAUAUAUUUAUAUAUGUAACCAAUUAUUUGUAAUAAACUAUCUCGGCAGUA